AUUCAGACUGCUUCUACAAACAUUUGUGAAAGACUGUGCUAUAAGUCCAUCUGUGAAAUUUCCUUGCUACUAAAUAUUCCACGGUCAACUGUUAGUGGUAUUAUAAUAAAGUGGAGGCAACUGGAAACAACAGCAACUCAGCCAUGAAGUGGUAGGCCAAAUUACAGAGCGGGGUCAGCGCAUGAGGAAGUGCACAGUGUGCAGAAGUCACCAACUGUCUGCAGAGUCAAUAGGUAAAGACCUCCAAACUUCAUGUGGCCUUCAGAUUAGCACAACAGUGCAUAGAGAGCUUCAUGGAUUGGGUUUCCAUGAACAAGCAGCUGCAUCCAAG